UGUUGCUUUUUGAGCUCUGUCUGUUGUUGUUUUUUUUCUUUUUUCUUUUGGGAGUCAGAUCAUAAAGCCACGGGUUAUUAGCGCUACUCAAACUUUAUUACUUUAAAAAAGAAAAAGAAAGGUUGAUCAUGAAACCAUUCUAAACAUCUUUAACAACAACAACAACCAAACACGAGCAGUCAGGAGUGCGCUGCCUGCUGACUGAUGACUGGACUGUGCCAUCUGCAGCCGGUCUGACCCUCCAGGACUGCUCGGAGACUUUUAUGGGCUGCCGCUGCGACGUCAGGCGCUGCGCUCUCACCGUGAAGAUGGCGGAGGCUGCGGAGGCACCACAACACCGGUUUUUCUGUCACUGCUGUAAAUGUGAAACUAACCCUAAACUCCCGGACUUGGUCUGUCCCAGGUGUGACUCCGGUUUCAUUGAGGAGGUGUCAGAAGACUCCAGUCUUCUGCAGGACAGCAGCACAUCAUCGUCCAGUGAGGAGUCGGACUCUUUGUUCUCGGAGCUAUGGCAGCUGCUGUUUAUGGAGCGCUCUGCUCUGCUGUCGCAUCCGCCGUCCUCGGAGUCCGACCCAGACGACGGCGAGCAGGUAUCUGCGGGUCAGAGCCGUCCGUCUCCGGUGUCGCCAGGCGCCGCCGAGGCCCGAGAACCAGAGUCUCCGUCGCAGCCUGGAGAGGAGAGGUCCCCCAGGUCUGAGCAAAGACCUGCAGUGGAAGGGUGUGUGGGAAUGGAUGGUGCAGCAGUUCUUGGCCGGCCUGUUCGCCGGCAACGGAAACCACGGUGCUGCACCGGCUGCACUGUAAGCACUUUCCGAUCUUCGAUUCGCCUCCUUCGCUUUCUGAUUUCCUCUGGCGUUUGUCUGACGCCCCCUCCCUCUUUCUUCUCUCUCCUGUCCUCUUUCCGUCCGUCGCUCAGAUCCAGCAUGCUACAGCUGUACGCAAACCCUGGAGAUUACGCGUGGGGUCAGGGAGGCCUGGACACUGUCAUAACAGAGCUGUUAGGACAGCUGGAGAGCACGGGUCCUCCCCCCGCAGAGAGGGACAUGAUCUCAUCCCUGCCAAGAGUUUGCAUCUCUGAGGAACAGACAGACUGCAGACUGGAGUGUCCAGUUUGUAGGGAGGAGUAUUCAUUAGGGGAAUCUGUCAGGAAGCUACCCUGCCUCCAUUACUUCCACAGUGACUGUAUAGUGCCUUGGCUGGAGCUGCACGAUACCUGCCCGGUGUGCAGAAAAAGCCUUGACGGUGUGGACAACAGCCUCCCGCCCACAGCACAGCCCCCAGAAGCCCGCUCCGUCAGGAUGGAGCAACAGGAGAGGCAGGCGAGCUGAGACACGGGGCCGAGCAACGCUACCUCCUUCACUGUUUUCGAGAGACCCACUCCUCACCUCAGACCUUCCGCCUUCGCAUGCCGACUGCUUUCAAAUAAAAUACGUGCAUCACAGUCAUAACUCACAGCUUCAGCUCUCACUUAAGGACCUUCAUGUUUUCUACUCCCAACAUCUUCACCACACUACAAACACAUAGAGAGCCUGCAGUUUGCUGGAAAGAUGUGGAGGUGUCCUCACUGCGCUGCCUUCUGAGGUGUAUUUUUGAAUGACUGACUUUGACAUCAUGAACUAAUCACCAUGCCGAGCUGCCAGUGGUCGUCAAAAUGAUGGGAAUUCACAGUUAUGGAGUAACAUUUUCAUUAAGGCUUUUAUUUUGCUGACUUUUUUUCCACCCGGGUCUGAUUCAGCAUUGAUCCCCUCUCUAGUUGAGGCUGUUAUUAAAGCCUAACCCCUGUGAUCCUCACCCCCUGCACCGUCUUUCAUCUCGCUAAUCAUGAGAGAAUCCCAGGCACAUAUUCGCAGCCAUAUUGCAGGCGUUUUAUUGGCCUGCCAACCAAAUGUGUUUGAUAAUGAGUUGGGUUUACAUGGCAGUUUUGCAUAUUUGAGGCUUUUCUGUGUCUUUUGCAUUCUGAGGUCCAGUGCUGUACGACCUGCUUUGCAGAUGUCAGAUUUUAGAUCUCAAAUAGACCUGCAAUACAAAUGUUCCCUUGAAAAUGGCAGCAUAGUGCUGAAAUAAGGAAGUCAAUUAAAAAGUCAAUCACCGAACAUUAAUAGUGCCCAACUGUGAUAGUCGAUUUACCGCUAGUCAUUAAGGAAAAAGUGAUAAACAUUUGUAUGCAGCUUAUCAAAUGCAUGUAUGUGCUGCUUCUCUCUGAUUUGUAUCAUUGUAAAUUGGACAUUUUGGGGUUUUUGACAUUGCGCACCUUGGAUAACCUGUGAGAAAAAUAAGCAGUUGCAGCCCGAAACGAGUAGAAUAGUGUACUUGGUAACACUACGUAAGUACUACAACUGCAGUUACAUUACUGUAAGAUUACUCAAAACUACUGUUAUUGAAAUAAUACUUAAGUAAAAGUUAAGAUUAUUUUUCUCAAAUGCUACUAAAAGUAUUGGUUUCUUUUUAACCACUGAUGUUUAAUGCAUUACUGCAUUAAAAAUGAGUUAAUUCCAAUAAUUUGAGUACAUGCAAUUAGUUAAUUCUACCCCUUGUCAUUUCAUACAAACCAUUUAUAAAGGUGCAGCUUAUGUUUAUAGGCUAAUACUUUGUGAGUGGUUUGUAAACACUGUGUAGUUCAUCUAUAAGCAGUUUGGACGGACAACACGUGCUUCUAAACAUUUUCAAUUGGUUUACAAAGCAUUUUAUUGUUAACAGUGGGAUAUUAAGUCAAUGUUAAUAAUAAAUGCACUGUUUGUUAAUGACGGUGAUCAAGUGUUGCUGGUCACGAGGUGUCAACUGAUAUGGUUUUUCCAGAGCUGAUUACGGUGCCUAUUAUUAGAAAUCAAGGAGGCUGAAAAACAAUAUUUGGGACCGAUAUUCAUUUGCAACUCGAGUACUUUUUAGAGCUACUUUACAUGAGUAUUUCCAUUUUCUGCUACUUUAUACUGUCACUCUACUACACCUUUUGAUUUUGAUAUAUUAAAUGUAUAUGAUUCAGUGUUUAUAGGCUAAUAAUUGUACAGUCAGCAACAAUAAUCAGAUAAGGCUGUGACUUAGA